GGCAGACAUACAAGAAAACGGCAACAACGGCGGCCAGAAUUUUCUCUCGUUUGGAUAGUGUCGAGGAGGUGCAACGCGGUCGCAGUGGCAGCGCCAUCGGAAUAGCACCGGCUGGCGGUGCAGCGGCAGGAGUGGGACCAGGACCAGGAGCGAGCGUAGGAGUGGGUGCCGUAGUCGGAGUCGGAGUGGGUGGUGGUCCAGGUUCAGGUUCAGGUGCAGUGGCAGCGGCAGCGGUGGCAGCGGGUUCACCAGCCAGAGCUGGCCAGCAGCAGCAGCAGUUUGGAGGCGUGGGCGGAGGUGUGGCUGCUGUCGGUGCGGGUGUGGGAGUGGGUCCAGGAACGAUUGCGUCACGUCAGCGGAGCGCCAGCACGGUGCUCGACAUAAGCAAGGUCUCCUCCAUCGGAGGCCUGCCCUCACCGCAGGUGGGUCUGCUCAAGCGAGGCUCUCUCUAUCCCGGCGGUGGUGGUGGUAUUGGUGUCGUGAAUGGACUCGGACUCGGUGAUUCGACGGUGAUUUCAACGAAAUGCGACACAUUUAAUGGAGUGGGACUGGGCGUCGGCGCUGGAGUUGGAGUUGGAGUUGGUAUCGGUAGCGUGGGAGGGGUUGGUGGUCCAUCGGUCGCUGCCUCAGGCGUGGGAAUAGGAGCAGGAGCUGGACAACGCGGACGUCUAUCAUCUCUAUCAUCGUCAUCAUCACCCGCGAGUGUACCUGGUGCAACACUCGGGGAUCCAUCAGUGGCAGGAGGUGGGGCCGGAUCAGCCCCAACCAUCGGCAGUCCGCCUGUUCAGCCGGGCCCCAAGCGGCAGGGCAGCUUCUCGAAUGUAUUCUCGAAGCUAAUCGAUGGUAUGCCCGCCGGCACAAUGUUUGCCAAAUUCAAGAGCACCAAUGUGGCAGCAGCCACCACGUCGCAGAGCGUCGCCGAGGGCAAUCCCAUUACGCAGUACUUUGAGAUUGGCAAACCGGUGGCCUGUGCCGGACCAGAGCUCGCCUGGCGCAUACACGAUGCAUACCGCAAAAGUGACAACAAGGAAUGUUCGGUGUUUAUUUUCGAGAAAAAGGUCGCGGAGAAGCUUCACAAGCCGCGUCGCAAGGAGACCAUAACGGAGCUGCUCAAGAGCUCGGUGAAGACACUGGAACGCUUUCGUCAUCCCAGAAUACUUCAGAUCUAUCACACAGUCGAGGAGAGUGCGGACACGCUGGCCUUUGCCUCGGAGCCCAUCUUUGCCAGCCUCUCCAAUGUGCUGGCUUUUCAUGAGUCGAAGACCUAUGACAAUGCGAAUGUGCCCGCUGCUGGUGCUGGAGCUGGAGCGGCUGCCGGAGCGAGCCCGGCCCAGACACAGGGCACGGCGGGCGUCCAACCGCAGCGGCCCGCUCAUGCAAAGGAAUACAGCUUCUUGGACAUGGAACUCAAGUACGGCUUUCUACAGCUGACGGAGGCCCUGGCAUAUCUUCACUAUUCCGGUCACGUAAUUCAUCGAAAUGUGUGUCCAUCCUCUGUACUAAUAACCAAACGCGGUAUAUGGAAGCUGGCCGGCAUGGAAUAUGUGGAAAGAAUGAAUGAGACUGAUUUGAAUAGCUCAAUUCCGUGUCCGCCGUGGAGCAACAGGGUGUCAAAGAUGGCCCAGCCGAAUCUGGACUUUAUGGCACCCGAAACACAGUCAACGUCCAAGUGCAGUCUGCUCAGCGAUAUGUUCUCAUUGGGUAUGGUGAUCUGUGCUGUCUUCAACAAUGGCAGGCCCCUGAUACAGGCCGGCAACUCCACCUCUAACUAUGCCAAGCAAAUGGAAACGUUGGAUGAUAUGGUCCACAAGUUGAUGCCUCGUCUGCCCAUUGCCCUGCAGGAGGCCACUUCGCGCAUGGCCAGUCGGGAUGCAACGGCACGGCCCACCGCUCAGCUUCUGCAGUUGAUCAAGUACUUCAUUGAUCCGGCUAUAAAUGCUCUCAAAUUCCUGGACGUGGUCAACAUGAAGGACACGCAGCAGAAGUCCCAGUUCUACAAGACCACCUUGAUAGAGGCCAUGCCGGUGAUACCACGUAAACUUUGGUGGCAGACCAUUUGGCCAAUGCUCAAGUCGGAGAUCAACAAUAACGAGGUACUGGCCGCGGUCCUGCAGCCCGUCAUGCUCUUUGUCCAGGAAGCCACUCACUUCGAGUACGAUGCUUUAAUGUCAGCCACAAUGAAAAUCGUCUACAAUACACCGAAAUCCAUUCAGGCAAGCGUUACGAUACUCGAGAAUUUGCAUUUGAUUAUUGAGAAGACAAAGCCGGAGGAUGUCACCACAGAUAUAAUGCCGAUGCUAUUCUGUUCCUUUGAUGGAUCCACGAUACAAGUGCAGAGUGCCGCCGUUGUGGCUGUGGCCAAUGUGUUUGACAGCAUCGAUGAGCUAUCCAUACGCCGCAUGGUCCUGCCCAAGGUCAAAUUGGUAUUCGAGAAGAACAUCACCGAUCCGAAGAUAGUGCAAAAUGUGCUCAUGUGCAUUGAGCGUGUAAUGGACCGCAUGGAGCGCGCACAGGUCAUGGAGGAGGUGCUGCCGCUGCUGGCCAAUAUUCGCAUACCCGAUCCCGAUAUUAUCAUGCGUACUGUGCGUAUCUAUCAUAAGCUGUUUGUGGACAAAUCAUACGGCCUGAGCGUGGAGACCAUGGCCACCAAUGUGCUGCCGCUGCUCAUACCACACACCGUGAAUCCGGCACUCAAUUUCGAACACUAUUGCUAUCUGCUUGAAGUGCUGCAACAGAUGCUGGAGGCCAUCGAUCGACAGCAGCGGAACAAAUUGAAGCUGGACAACCUGUCGAUGGCCUCGCCGGAGCGACACCGGACACUGCGCCAUCAAUUCUCGACGGACAACAUGAAUGCGCCGCCCUUCAACAUACCAAACCUGCGCAUAGAUCAGCGCAAGACCUCCAGCGCCGAGGACAUGGCCCGCAAGAACUCUGGCGGGUCUGGCAUGCUGGGUGGCUGGUGGUUCGGCUGCUCGCCAUCGUCGCCGGAUAGCAAUUUCCUUCGCGUUGGGAACGUGUUCCCCAAUCGACGGCUCUCGGACAACACGCUGAUGACACCCAAGAUCCGCAUUGCGCCCUCGUGCGCCUCAUCACCGGGCGGCACGCCGGGCAGCGGCCUGCCGACGCGCCGCCACUCGAGCAUUGGGCCACAGGAGCGACGGGGCUCCGCCAUCAAUUUGUCACCGCCAACUUACGGUGGUGCCCGCGGUAGCUCUGGAUCGAGCCUAUCGGUGCCCUCGACUUCGGUAUAUGUUAAAUCUCCUUUAUUGUACUCCCAAAAACAGGGUGGCUCCAUGCCGAACACCUCGAGCAGUGUUCCGUUCUUGUUGUCGUCGAGCAUGCAGUCGAUAAGGUCGCGCCGCCAGUCGACGGUGCUGUCAUCGGGACCACUCGGCUCUGGAUCGGGCAUACUGCAGCAGCUGGGAUCCGGCAUGUAUCAACUAUUCUCCGGACGUAACUAAAGAAACGAAAAACGAAAACAGAAACAGAUAAAUAAACCAUUCAAAAGAAACUAACUUUUCAAUGCAAUUUCGGUCCAGUAAUCAACUUAUAUUAGCUCGAAACCUAUAUGCAAUACAUUGUAAACGUAUACCAAGAGCCAGGCAAGCUCAAAAUAUAUGUAUUUCACUCGAAACUCUAAAUGUUAUUACUAGCCAAAACGCCAAUUUGAUGUGACCAAAGAGAGUGCAACAAUGCUCUCGUUAACUUAUAAUCGCAAAUACUCGUACCAAGAAUAUAUCUCCAAAGAAUACCAAUUUAAAACUAAUUUAUCCAAAUGAUGAAAAGUGUCAAACACAAUCAACACACCACACAACCACAAAUCAUAUCACACACUCAUGAGUACAUUAAUUCCAUAGCGAUUCCCACACACACAAUGCAAAAUGCAAUCAAUUCCUAGAAACUCGAACAAUACAUGGAUAUACAUAGACAUAUAUUUAUCAUACUUAUAUAUUACAUAUAUAUAUAUAUAUGUAUAUGACAUGCGAAAAUACUUAGCUUAGCCUUAGCCACUUCUCUUAAUGUGUCAUACAACAUACCUGAAACAUAUGAAUAUUUUUCGAAUUAUUUAGAGAACAUGAAUAUAACCAAGCCAAAUAAGUAAACAUUUAGCAUAAACAUCUCAGCGUCCGCCUCAGCCUCAGCCUCAGCAUCAACCACAUGGAACUUCGGACCACCGAUGAGAUGCGCUGCUUUCCAAACAAAAUCUCAGAAAAUGCAAUAUUAUUCAUAAGAAUUGCCAAGAAUUUUCUUCACAUUUCUUUAAUUCUUGUAUAUUUAGACUUGCUCUUUUGGAGGGCCGACAUCAGGUCAUAUCGCGUAUACAUAUAAAACCUCACAGAUAAUAAUAAAUACAACAAAUAUCCCUCUCAUAUUCGUAUAGAAAAUAUUUAAAAAAAAAUCGUGUACCUAAGAGUUGGUACCUAAAAACAAUCGGCACAAGCUAAAUCAAAAAAGUAUCCCAGAGCUUUACAGCAGAAGCAAUCAAAAUGAAUAUACUCGUACAUAAAUAAUCAUGUUAAAACGGAAAAGGAGAAAAGGAAGAGUUUAUUUAUAACCCAGAGUCAUGACCCUCUCAAUACGCUUUCAAAUAAUGAAUCUCUGUACAUCAAAUCAUGAAAUCCAUUUAAUACAAUACAAAAUACUUUACACCCAAAACUACUACUAAGGUGAAUACUACACGUUAUCCAAAAAAUAAAUGAAAGGAAUACAAAACAAAAACGAAAGGUCCACUCCGCCGCAGCCAUGAUACCUGAACAUAAACAAAGUUUUUGUGCGAAUCCCAAAAUCUAUAGUCAAUUUGUAUCGUUGGGCCAGGACAUUGAUGAAUCAGCAACUAUAUAGCGCACAUAUUUAUGGUAAAUGGUAAAUGGUAAACUCUUGAAUCUUUAUAGUAAUCAUACAUACAAAUGAAUACAUGCACUACAAUUAUCAUUGUUGUGGUAGCUUUAGCGGAACCGAGAUGGGGAAAACCAAAUAUGAAUUUAUAUAUGUAUGUAUACAAACCUGCAGAAGAAGCUAACAAUGACGAACUCUCAGAACACGCUAGAACUUACUUUAUAUCGUAAAAACUCUAUACCAUGCUCUGAAUGACACGAACGGUAACGGGACAAUCAAAAAUUCUACCGACACGACAUCUACAUAUGCGCUCUUUAUUUAUCAAAUAAAAUCAUUCUGUUGUGUUGUUGUUUGUCGUUAUGUUUGCCCGAUCUGCCACCUUUUAUUGGGGAUGCACCUUUAGUUUGAAUUCUCUGUUCCUUUUUGUUGAGUCUGAGUUUUGGUUCAUUGAUUUACACAUUCGAUCCACGGAUCUUAGACAAGGCAUAUCGAUAUGGUUUAUGGAUGGUUGACUCUAGGACUUAAUCAUACAUGUAUACAUAAAUUAGAUUAACUUAACUUAAAUUAAUUUAAACUAAACAAAACCAAAAAAUAAAGGGGAAAACCAAAAGCUCAAACUGGACUGAACUGAACACAUUUAAGAGUUUAUGUAUUAUUAUGUGUACAUUAUUGAAUAUUGAAUUGCAUUUGAUUGUGUGAACAUACAUACAUACCACACAUACAUACGUACAGACAUAAGUUUAAUGAGAAAAAAAAACACUAAUUGUGGUAACAAAUUAAAGGGUAUUACUAUAUUUGUAUUUGUAUUUGUCGUGUAUUAUGUAUGUAACUCUGAUUGUAUGUAUGAGAACCUCAUCCUCUUCGGCUAUUUGGAAAACCAAACUCUGUCUCUUGUGAUCUAUUGUGAUGCUAUGAGAGUCAAGCAGCACUCCAAUGUUUUUAUGCCUCUUAAAGUUUAAAACAAAGCAUAAGCAAAACCAAAACUAAAACUCUAUUCUAACUCUAGUCUACUUACAAAUUGGCAACAAAAUGAAUUAUGGAAAUUGAAAACAAUCAUGCACAAGAAAUGUGUGGCAAGACGGCAGAGGCCAUGCCAAGACCCCAGCUCUUUUUCAUAUACUCGUACUUACACCUACUUGAAGUAAUUGUGUACUAAAGAAAUUCUAGAUUUUAAAUGUGCUUCAACUGUUUAUAGUAAAGUACUUAAUUAUGGGUGUAAUUAACUAAUAUGUAUCUAUGCGUACUCGUACAAUGGUUAGGUAUACGCAUACACAUGUAUAAUCAUGUGGGUUAGUUGGAUUUAAUGUUGGAAUGGUGCAAAGAGUAUGUGUACGUGUAUAAAACUAACAAACAAUUGAAUUUAAAUGAUUAAUAAAUGUGUGGAAAUUAA